AUGGGCGCUCUCAAAGACAUGAUUCUGUUCAUCUACACACUGAUUCUUUUCGUUCUCCAUGCCGCCGGAUUCUACCAAUUAUUUCAUGAGGAAUUUCUCACUUCCCAGGGCUUCCAGUACCAUCAAAUGGUCGGAUAUUUGAUGAUUAUCACUGCGAUACAGUACUUGGACAUUCCAUUUUCGUUCUUUUUGACCAGAUCCAAUCCGGUUGUUGUUUUCAUGCAGGUCUCCGGUCGAAUGUUCGUCCUCUGGGUCGCUUCUCAUAUGUCGGGUUGGCACGGUGCCAGAUUCACUCUCGUCGCCGUCUACCUGCUCAGUGAGCUCUGUCGUGGACCCUACUACCUUGCCACGUGUCUAAGAACCCCGAAUCGGCAUUUGACAUGGAUACGGUACAACGCCUUUAAGCUCCUCUAUCCAGUGGGGUUCUCGUGUGAAGCCCUUGUCUUCCUCAACUACUGGUUCGUCGCCAAGAAGACCCCCAUCGACUACCGUAAUCCCCAAUUUUUGGCUGCGAUUCCAUUUACUGUCCAUGUAACCCUAUUCCGUCCGAAAGACGUCCCACAAGAUGAGGUUGAAGGAUUUGAAGGAUGGUGUGAACGACCGUCGGUGAAGGCCGACGAGCCCAAAUUGAGCAUUCUCCACGUGGCAAAUAUGCACGAAGAAGAAGGCGCCGCGCUGAUCCGGGAGCCAUUAUUCGAUAGAGAUGCAUUUGAUGAUGAGCUCAACUCGAGAUAUUUCAAUACAAUGUAUUCGUACUAUUUUCAGGUUCCCGACGCGUCGACCUACGAGAAGAGUGUCACCAAACUGCGUCACCACGGUCUGGACAAACUCAACUGGUCCUCGUUUGACGUCUCGUUUAGGGCAAUCUUUGAUGAUACACUGUAUUCGGAGCAGAUGAAGUGCUUCUCAGCCACGUUCCUGGUCGUCUUCCACCCAACGGACAUCCUCAAAACGCCCCUAACCGAAAAACAAGAAGAAGGCAAAGGCAUCGAAUUCCGCGACCCAAAAGAGUUCGAAUCGCCGAACGAGGCGUGGUACUCUCGACUCACCAAAUUGCUAUUGCUCAUGAACAAGCUACAGUACCCCAAACAGCCGCCAGACCCACGGGAUUUAAAGGAGCGAGUGCCCAAAUUGAAACGCGACGAUUUCACGAUGAAAUAUGUCAUGGAGGCGUUUAAGUCUACACCAUACGUCGGAUUGAUCUCAACGAACGAGCGGCAGCUACAAGUCAUUCACCCGAACAAUAUGUUUGUGAUCUACGAUUUUGCACUCUGGUUGAGAUACAACGUCGAAGGGAUCUCGAGUCGAAAGCGUGCGAUGAACUAUAUCCGACGUGUGGAGGACGCUAAAUAUCUCCAAAUUAUCACGACAAGUAAGUGUUGUUGA